GCGUGCAGGCUCGGAGAAGCAGGGCAGUGGAAUAGCCACGGGACCAUCAUCCUGGUAAAGGAGCAGGAGGCUGAUUUCUGGGGUGCACACAGCCCCCUGGCCUCCGGUGUCAGCGUCACGUCCUCUUCUUGCAAGGCUCCAAAACCGCAGCCACAUUUCCUGCCUGCCUCACUGGGGAGUUGCAGGCGGAGCACAGCCCACGACGCCCCUGGGUUUGGGACCUCAGCAGCGACAGCCACCGGUGCUGCAGCUCGGGGUCCCUCAACAUCCCCCGGCACAGGUCCCAUGGCACUGGGCUACACCGUGCUGCUGGCACUGCUGCUCAGCACCCUGCAGGACUGCAGGCCCCGGCCCAUGCAGCAGGACCUGCAGUGGGUCUGGGGGGCAGCAGAGAAGAUCCCGGCUGAGCCCCCGCUGCCCUUCCGCAGAAGAAGAGCUGAUGCUGGACCCCACAGCACCACUGUGAUGCCUGUUAGCAAUGAGACUGCAUCCCCUGGGCAUGACAUGCUGAUGGAGCCGGAUAACACCACUGGGCAGCCCAAACCUUUGGUGGUCACCACAGCAGGUCAAAUGGAUGACUCCGCUGAGCCUUAUGCACUGCUGGACACGGAGGCAGACAACACCUCCAGCCAGGCCUUGGUGCCGACCACGGCCGGUUCCUUGGAUAAGACCAAUUCCCCCCAGUCCCAGCUCUUGGGCACAAAGUCACUACCGCAGCCAGGCAACACCCCCAGGCAAGCCAAGGCCUCGCUGGUCACCACAGUGAAUCCAUUGAAUGAGACCAACACCCCUGAGCCCACUGUGCCGCUGGGCUCGGAGCUGACAUCAAAGAUGAACGACAGCACCAGCAAAACCAAGGCCUUGGUGGUCACCACAAUGGAUCCUUUGGAUGAGACCGACUCUCCUGAGACAGCGCCCGGCACAGCACCCCAAAGUGGCAGCACCGUUGUGCCCAACCAGCUGAUGGAAUCCACAGGGCAUGGCACGGAUGGGACCGUCACCAGUGACAUGGAAAUCUCCACGGAGCCAGGCUCAGCUCUUCUCCCCACCACCACAUUUUCCAAAAAAACUGGCUCUCGCCCUCCAUGGGAGGUGGACACAACACCUUUCUCCAUGAAACCAUGGGGGACCACAGCGUCGGAGCCCUCCGAUGACCUGUGGGAUAACAGCUCGCUGAUGAACAAGUGCCUGCUGGCCAUCCUGCUGCUGGCACUGGUGGCCGGGCUCUUCAUGGUGUGCACGGCAGUGCUGGGCACCUUGCUUUGGCGGCGGGUGAGGACGGCUCGUCGGCAGCUCGGCCCCACCGAGAUGAUUUGUAUUUCCUCCCUGCUGCCCGACAGCGAGCGUGCUGCCAGCAAUGGUCCCCGGCGUGGCAUCCCUGUGCGUCACAGGCUGCUGGUCGAUGCCAGCUCUGAAGCUGAUGGUGAUAACCUGACGCUCAGCAGCUUUCUGCCGGAGCACUCCUGAAGCAUCGUGGUGAUGGAACAGCCUGGGGUCCGCCGCUGGUGCUACCACUGUUCGCCUUGGAACUGUAUGGAAAAGACUUAUCCACCCCAUUAAAAUGCCUCUGCUACACAGAUGCGGUGAUCUCUCGGUGCCUGCCCACAUCCCCAUCCUGAAAUUUCGCUUCUCCAUCCUCCUCCUCUGAUGGCAGCAGCAGAAAUGAAACCCUCCCAGGGUGCAGAGCGUAUGGAGAUGGUGAUCCCAGGGUUCCCAACCUCAUGCUGGGAGUGGAAAGGGUGGCGGUGCUGCAGUGGGUGUGUUUGUGGCUUAACAUGCUCCUGCCUGCAGUCAAAUGCAAUGGGGCAAGGGGAUGGCACUGGGGCUGGUAAGGUGCUGCUGGCCUGUAUCCCAUACCCACAGGUGGUGGUUGUGGGCUCUUGGCCUUGUGUCCAGGGGGAGAAGAGGACUCUGGGACCAUGCUGGUCCCACCUUGUCCCAGUGGGGAGGUGUCGGCCAUCCCUAGAGUCAUCAACCCAACCUCUUCCCUGUGCUCAGCUUGGAGGAGUCACCCAAGCGAGCAAAAAUGGCUUACGUCCCUGCCCCACCAUAGGGCUGUGCCCCUAUGUCACCAUCCUGGUCCUCCGUGGGCACAUCCUUGCAUCCCCAUCCAUGUGCCAUUUGGGCACAGCAUCCCCACCCCUGCUCUUCCAGUCUCAACAUCACCAUCCCCAACGUCUCCAUCCCCAAUCUCCCCAUCCCUGUCCCAGCUCAGCAUCCUGCUCCCACCAUCCUCAGCCCUCUCCCCCCGUCCCGUCCCCAUGUCCCCACCACCCUGCUCACACCACCAUUUGCAGCAUUUGGGCAGCGAAGCCCCUCCCCAAGUGCUGUUCCCCAGUGCAUCCGUGCCUCGAAAGCAGAGGAGUGGCCAUCCCGCUCCCGCCCUGGCCUCUGUGUGUUUACAUUCACGCUCUGCUUUGAAUAUUUUCCACCUCGCUCAAUGUAAAUGUUUACGGUGAGGCUGCAGGGCCAGUGCAGCGGGGAUGGCGUGGUGGGGCCACCCCACAGCUGCUCUUCCAUAAUGACAGCUGUCUGCCAUCAGAUGGAUGUGGUGCCACGCUCUCUGCGAGGGACACGGCGUAGGAUGGGAUGUCCCCACGCCUUGAGCCACAACACAGGGCAGUGGCCAGGUUGGCUCCAAGGGUAGCUCCGUGCUUGGGAUGCAGUGGCUGUGCACAGUGCUGGGCAGA